AUGGAACAAUUAAAGCAAUUAGAUGAAAAUAAAAUGAGAUGGGAAACGCAAAUAAGAAGUACUAGAUAUUUGUUUGUCGAUAUUAGUGGAAUUGUUCAACUGGGGGACAUGUAUGCUUUAUUAAUGCAAAUGAGCACUAAGUUCAUCAAGACAAGAUUAGGGAUACGAGAUUGGAGACAAAUCAUGGUUCAAUUUGUUAAAAACAAUGUUUCUAGUACUAAUGUGUUAAACUCUUCGUUUAUCUAUAAGUUUUUAGAGAUGCAAGCAGGAAAUGGAUCAACAGUAGCCUUAAAUAGUUACGAAACAAGUACCACCAGAUUAUGA